UGAAGGGCAGUUCCCCUAAUGUAAGGAGCUUGUACUUUCCCCUUCCUCUCCAUUUAUUCUUGGCCAUUUCAUUUCAUUCCGAUUGAACUGAUUGAAGAGAUAAAAAGGGAGAUCGAGAAGAAGAAAUCAGAGGCUGAGAAAUCGAAGAAGAAGAAGAAGAUCGGGGAAUCGGAGAUUUUGAACAAGAAAUGAUGAAGUGCGAGCUGUGUGGGCAGCUAGCGAGGACUUUCUGUGAGUCCGAUCGGGCGAACCUAUGUUGGGACUGCGAUGAGAAGGUUCACUGUGCUAAUUUUCUCGUUGCUAAGCAUUCUAGGAGUCUUCUAUGUCGUGCGUGUCAGUCGCCGACUCCAUGGACGGCAUCUGGUCGGAAGCUUACGCCUACGGUUUCUGUGUGUGAGGGAUGUGUUGAAGUCCAUGGUGGUAAAUGCGAGCAAGGUGGAUAUCAAGAGCGCCGUAGAGAUAACGAGGAGGAAGUUAAUGAUGGGGAUGAUUUUGACGAUGGUGAAGGUUUCGGGAGUUAUGAGGGAGGUGAUAGUGAGGAUGAUGAUGAGGAUGACGAUGAGGAGGAGGCGGUGGAGGAAGAAGAAGAGGAUGAAGACGGAGAAAACCAGGUGGUUCCGUGGUCUUGUGCGUCUUCUUCGACGCCACCACCACCACCGACAGUGACUUCUAGCAGCGAGGGCGAGAUGUCAGCUUGCGCUGGUGGCGUAUCGAAGCGGAGGAAAGAGUACGACGUCGAUCUCGAUUCCGAGGACGAAUUCGAGUGUUCUUCUGCUCAACAAGGAACCAGGCCUUCUUACAAUGACGAAGCGACUUCCUCUACUUCCCACAGGCCACUGAAGCAAGCAAGAGUUACAGGACCGACCCAAUCAGCCAGCAUCAUCCCCGAUGAUGAAGCUCGUAAAGCAGAUUUAAAAUCCACGGCUGUCAUUAGAUCGAUCCAGAGUCUCCAGAAUCGUCUGCCCACCGGUAUCAACGAUGCUUCCAAACUGAUUUUUGGGAUAUGCAAAAUGAGCAGAGAUCAGAAUCGUUGAUCCUUCACUAACAACAUAACGGAGGUAGCUAGGUUUUUGAAAUCCUUUUGGGUUUCAUCUUUUUUCAUUUUUCUUUUUCUCACUAAUGGUCUGUCCUGAUCGAUUAAUUCUAGGAUUAUAUUUGUGUACUCAACUGUGUACAACCUGGAAUAUCCUUCUAUUUUCCAUUAGAUCUGUUAUCAUUUGUGAAGCCUUGUCAUGUUUAGCCAGAUAUUAAUUCACUGAACCACAUUCUAUUAACAGAUUUCUCUACA